AUGACGGUGGCAGAGUAUGCGGCGAGGUUUGAGAACCUUGUAAGAAUCUUUGAUGAAGAUCAGCGAGAGAAGGCUGCUUUUUACAUGAAUGCCAAUGCUAGUCAUGGGAAAGAGAAGAAGCCUGUGACUCACAGUCGUGCUAAGCCAUAUUCUGCCUCUCCCGGGAAAUAUGGAAACCAUUCUGGAGGACAGAGGACUAGUGGAGGAAUUCAACCAGUUGGUGGGAGUUCUCAACCAAUUAACAGGGUGUCUCCGCCUGCGGGUAGAGGUAGUGGUGGUAGUGGUGCUCCUGCUAUUGUUACUACACCACUCAGGUGUGGGAAGUGUGGUCGGCUUGGGCAUAUUGCUCGUGAGUGCACAGAUAGAGAGGUGACUUGCUUUAACUGCGAAGGUAAGGGCCACCUCAGUACCAAUUGCCCAUAUCCGAGGAGGGAGAAGAGGAGUGGAAGUCUGAAUAAUCAUAGUGGAUGA